GCCAGAGGUGAGGCGCCUGCGCACAUCGUCGGCCGCUGCCGAGUGGAGGGUUCGCGUCGCGUUGGCCUCUCACCAUAUGUGCCCUCUCGCGUGUGGAGGCGGCUGUCUGGGCCCUGCGCAAGGAGAGCGAGCGAGAGAGCCAGCCUCAGAGAGGCGGUUGCAACCAUGGGCAAAAAACAGAAAAACAAGAGCGAAGACAGUGCCAAGGAUGACCUUGAUCUUGAUGCCCUUGCUGCUGAAAUAGAGGGUGCAGGUGCUGCCAAGGAACAAGAGCCUCAAAAAUCUAAAGGCAAGAAGAAAAAAGAAAAGAAAAAACAGGACUAUGAUGAAGAUGAUAUCCUGAAAGAGUUGGAAGAGCUGUCUCUAGAAACACAAGGUGGGAGAGUUGAAAAAGAACCAGUUGUAGCAAAGGUAGAGAAUGAAAAUGAAGAAUUUGUCAUGUCAAAACAAGAUAAAAAGAAGAAAGGCAAGAAUAAAAAGGCUAGCUUAGAGGAGGAAGAUGGCAAUGAAGAAAUGGAAGACAAAGAAAAAAAAUCUAAAAAGUCCCUCAAACCCAAGAAAGAACUACUCUCCGAGAGUGAUGAUGACGAUAAUUUUGAUUUUAAAAAAAUGAAAGGAAAAGUUCAGAAAUCAGGUAAUAAACACGAAUUUUCUGAAGAAGAUGAAACUGGCAUUGUGAAGAAGAGCAAAGAGUUGGCACAUCCUGUGUCCUCUGGUGAGAGUGAAGAUGAAUUGGAUGAAGGCCCGCAGGCAAAAAAGGGGCAGAAGAAAAAUCAGAAGGUAAAAUUAGUGGCUGAGACCGAAAGCGGUGAUGACGUGGAUGACUCUUCAUUUAAAAUAAAAACUGUGGCUCAGAAGAAGGCAGAAAAGAAAGAACGAGAAAAGAAAAAACGGGAAGAGGAGAAGGCUAAGCUAAGGAAACAGAAGGAAAAGGAAGACUUGGAAGCUAAUAAAGAACAGGCAAAGCUGAAGAAGACUGACGAAGGAACUGCCUCAGCUCAGCUGUCAACAUCUGCCACUGUGGAAAAGGGAGAGACCCCAGAAGCAGCAGAAGUCAAUGAUAAUGAAGGUGAGAAGAAGAAAAAGGAUAAAGAUAAAAAGAAAAAGAAAGGAGAGAAAGAUGAAAAGGAAAAAGAGAAAAAAAAGGGUCCCAGUAAGGCCACAGUUAAAGCAAUGCAAGAAGCCUUGGCUAAACUGAAAGAAGAGGAGGAAAGAGCAAAGAGAGAAGAGGAGGAACGUAUUAGACAACUUGAAGAGCUAGAAGCCAAACGCAAAGAAGAGGAACGCUUGGAACAAGAAAAAAAGGAAAGGAAAAAACAAAAAGAAAAGGAGAGAAAAGAACGUUUGAAGAAGGAAGGAAAGCUUCUAACCAAAUCUCAAAGGGAAUCCAAAGCCAGGGCAGAGGUCACUCUUAAGUUGCUGCAAGCACAGGGUGUGGAGGUGCCAUCCAAAGAUUCAAUACCAAAAAAAAGACCCAUAUAUGAAGACAAAAAGAAAAAAAAGCAACAGCAGCAAGAAAGCAAAGAAGAUAUUACAGAAUUGGCAUCCCCGGUGGAAGAAGCUGCAGAAAUAGUUGUACCUGAACAAGAGGAGAUUAAUCUUCAAGCUGAACCAGUUUCAGAAGAAAAAGAGGAAGAACCUGAAGAUGGAGGAUUAGAUGACUGGGAAGCUAUGGCCAGUGAUGAAGAAAGAGAAAAGGAGAGAAAAACUGUCCAUAUUGAAGUCAAAGAACAAAACGAAGAUGAUGAAGAUGAGGAUGAAGAUGAAGAUGAGGAUAUGGAAGAGAGUGAAGAGUAUGAAGAAGGAGAAAGUGAAGGAAGUGAAGAAGAGAAAACCUCAGAUGAAAAGGAAUCAGACCUACAAGCUGCUGCAAAACACACUGUAGAAAAAAAGCUAAACAAAGAAAUAAGUUCAGAUUCAGAGUCUGAUUCGGAUGAUGAUCGCACUAAAGAAGAACGUUCAUAUGACAAAGCUAAACGUCGAAUUGAGAAACGUCGAAUUGAAAAUAAUAAAAACGUAAAUACUGAGAAACUACGAGCACCUGUUAUCUGUGUGCUGGGGCAUGUAGACACGGGAAAAACAAAAAUCCUAGAUAAGCUUCGUCAUACUCAUGUGCAAGACAGUGAGGCAGGUGGCAUCACUCAGCAGAUUGGGGCAACUAAUGUUCCUCUUGAAGCCAUUAAUGAACAAGCAAAGAUGGUGAAAACUUUUGACAAAGAAACAGUCAAGAUUCCAGGAAUGCUUAUCAUUGAUACUCCAGGACACGAGUCUUUUAGCAAUCUUAGAAAUCGUGGAAGCUCACUGUGUGAUAUUGCAAUUCUUGUAGUAGACAUCAUGCAUGGUUUGGAACCUCAGACAAUUGAAUCUAUAAACCUGCUGAAAUCCAAAAAGUGUCCCUUUAUAGUUGCACUUAACAAGAUUGAUAGAUUAUAUGAUUGGAAAAAGAGUCCAGAUACAGAUGUAGCUGUCACAUUGAAGAAACAGAAGAAAAACACAAAGGAUGAAUUUGAGGAACGCGCUAAGGCUAUCAUAGUAGAAUUUGCCCAGCAGGGCUUGAAUGCUGCCUUGUACUAUGAAAAUAAGGAUCCCCGCACAUUUGUUUCUCUGGUUCCUACCUCUGCUCAUACAGGAGAUGGUAUGGGAAGUUUAAUUGCUCUUCUUGUUGAAUUGACACAAACCAUGUUAAAUAAGAGACUGGCACACUGUGAAGAGCUGAGAGCACAGGUUAUGGAGGUCAAAGCGCUUCCUGGAAUGGGUACCACAAUAGAUGUCAUUUUGAUUAAUGGAAGGCUGAAGGAAGGUGAUACCAUUAUAGUUCCUGGAGUAGAAGGCCCCAUAGUAACACAGAUAAGAGGCCUUUUGCUCCCACCUCCCAUGAAAGAAUUACGAGUGAAGAAUCAGUACGAAAAACACAAAGAAAUUAUUGCUGCACAAGGAGUAAAGAUUCUUGGCAAGGACCUGGAGAAAACAUUGGCUGGGUUGCCCCUGCUUGUAGCCUAUAAAGAAGAUGAAAUUCCAGUUCUUAAAGAUGAAUUGAUACAUGAACUGAAGCAGACACUGAAUGCCAUAAAGUUAGAAGAAAAGGGGGUUUAUGUCCAGGCAUCUACCCUGGGAUCUUUAGAAGCAUUACUUGAAUUUUUGAAAACUUCAGAGGUGCCAUAUGCUGGAAUUAAUAUAGGACCUGUGCACAAAAAGGAUGUUAUGAAGGCAUCAGUCAUGUUGGAGCAUGAUCCACAGUAUGCCGUGAUCUUGGCAUUUGAUGUGAGGAUUGAACGAGAUGCCCAGGAAAUGGCUGAUAGUUUAGGGGUUAGAAUCUUUAGUGCAGAAAUUAUAUAUCAUUUAUUUGAUGCCUUCACAAAAUAUAGGCAAGACUACAAAAAACAGAAACAAGAAGAAUUCAAGCAUAUAGCAGUAUUCCCUUGUAAGAUGAAAAUACUUCCUCAAUUUAUUUUUAAUUCUCGUGAUCCCAUAGUGAUGGGAGUCCUUGUGGACGCAGGUCAGGUAAAACAGGGAACUCCAAUCUGUGUACCUAGUAAAAAUUUCAUUGAUAUUGGAAUAAUUACAAGUAUUGAAAUAAAUCAUAAACAAGUAGAUGUUGCAAAAAAAGGUCAAGAAGUCUGUGUAAAAAUAGAACCAAUUCCUGGUGAAGCACCAAAAAUGUUUGGUCGACAUUUUGAAGCAACUGAUAUUCUUGUCAGCAAGAUUAGUCGGCAGUCCAUUGAUGCCCUGAAAGACUGGUUCAGAGAUGAAAUGCAGAAGUCUGACUGGCAACUUAUUGUGGAGCUCAAGAAAGUAUUUGAAAUCAUCUAGGUUCUGUCAAACUUUUGAGCAAUGAUUAGCAAAAGCCCACAGUUCCUAUUAUAAGAACAACAGCAGCUUAUAAUAAAUAUGCUGUUGUAUUUAACAAACAUCUGGGAAAAAUGUGGAUAAAAUGUUUUCCAUGAGAAACCAAAUAACUUACACUGGUUUGACAGUGGUCAAUUUAUGUCCCUGUGGUUCCAAUGUGCCUGUGCAUCUUUCCCAAUGCCCUUCACUUUGUACUGGCUACUUUUAAAGUUUGCCCUUUCCACGUCACAUCCCCAAAUUAAAAGAAAAUAAUUUUUUAUUAAAUAACUCAGAUUUCACUUUUAUACUAGUAAGAUCAGUACCACGGUAUUUGCCUAAUCAAACUCUUACAAGACUUUGUGAUUUUUUGGACUUUUUCGAUGUAAGAAAUCUUUAUUUAUGCAUACCCUCUUUCCCCCUGAUUUUUUUCAUCACUUCUGCUUUGUGCCUAUAGAAAUUUAUUAUAGAAAAAUUAGGUAAUUGGCUAUCUGUACUUGGUUGGUGUGAAACAAUGAUGUAAAGCACAGUUGGCUGCCUUUUAUUGCUUGUACAGUUUAUGAAAUUUGGCAAAUUAAUCAGUGCCGAACUGCAAAUAAAAGAAACGAACAUUACUCUGAUAAUUUAAUUCCUAAUAAAGGCAGUGCAGCAUGCA